AUGUAUCAACAUCAGAUAUACACACCACAGUGCAUCUACAACAACAACGAUACCUGGGGACGUCAGUGUAAUCAGAUUUUGUUCGUGUCCAAUGCGACUGAUGAAAAGUUGCCGAUUUUGCUCACCGAUCAGAACGAUAACUUCCUAAACCUGUUUCUUAAGACACGACAGGCCUUUCUGUGGAUUUACAAAAAUGUAGUGCAAGAUUACGAUUGGUUCCUCAAAGCAGAUGACGACACCUACUUCCACAUGCCAAAUCUAAGGCAUUUUCUCAAGCAUUUGGUCAUCAGUACUCGAAGAACGGAUUCAACUACCAUAGCGGUGGAUCCGGAUACGUACUCAGCCAAGGAAGCCGUGCUAAGACUGGGAGCAUUUGGAUUCGGCUACGAUCCUGACUGUGACAAUCCCUCAGUUGCUGAGGAUGUUUAUCUCGGAAGAUGUCUUGUAGCAUUAAAUUCAUCAAUAGUUGACGCUUCUGAUGAAAACGGCGCUUAUAGGUGA